GUCACUUCCGUCUCUUCCGUCUCCCUCCCAUUGCCUCGUUUCAAUCACUCUCUCUCUCUCUCUCGUCUCUCACUCGAGAGCCUAAUCUAAUCCGGUAACCAUGGCAACGACUUCUCGUCGCUUAACCACCGGUUUGAUCCCGUCGAUCAGCUCUGUCCAAUCACAUUCCACCAAUCGACCUCAAUCCAUCUCCCUAAUCCGUCGAAAUCACCACAUCGAUCCUCGUCUACCGUCGACGAUCGCUCCAAGCUCCAGGCGGUGGUUAAUCGAAGCGGUUCCACCGGCGAGAUCCUGGGAUGGAUCUGACGACGGAAGAGCUGAGUCGUCGGAGAUUAAAAAGCCAGGCGCGUGCGGUUACGCGAUCAGCGACAACGAUAUCGAAGGGAGUAGCGACACCGGAGAGCGUGUGAAGACGACGGAGAUAUUGAUUUGGGCGGUGGCGACGGCGGCGUUGGGCGUCGGGAACCGCGUGAUGUACAAACUUGCGCUGGUUCCACUAAAGCAAUAUCCCUUCUUCCUCGCGCAACUCUCCACCUUCGGGUAUGUAGCUGUAUAUUAUUCAAUCUUGUAUUUUCGAUAUCGUGCUGGAACUGUUACAGAUGCGAUGCUCUCGGUGCCAAAAACGCCAUUUUUCAUUGUUGGCGUCUUGGAGGCUUUAGCUGCAGCUGCUGGGAUGGCAGCCGCAGCUAAUCUUUCGGGGCCAUCUACUACAGUUUUAUCUCAGACAUUUCUUGUCUGGCAAAUUUUCUUCUCCAUCAUUUUUCUCGGGAGGAGAUAUAGCGUAAACCAAAUACUUGGAUGCACUCUUGUAGCUCUUGGUGUAAUCGUCAGUGUGGCAAGUGGAUCAGGUGCUGCUCAUUCAUUGAAGGAAGCCGGAAUAUUUUGGAUUCUUCUUAUGGUCCUUUCUUUCCUGCUUCAAGGAGCAGACACAGUUUUAAAGGAAGUCAUCUUUAUAGAUAGCCAAAAACGAUUGAAGGGUGACUCACUCGAUCUUUUUGUAGUGAAUUCAUAUGGUUCAGCUUUCCAAGCCAUCUGCAUCGCCUUGCUUCUCCCAUUUCUUUCAAAACUUUGGGGCAUACCGUUUAACCAACUCGGUAGCUACCUAAAAGAUGGCGCGGUUUGCUUUCUCAACAUCGGGACAAUGACAAUAGGAUGCGAUGGGGCUCCGUUGUUGCCUCUGUUGUUUGUGAUAGUGAACAUUGGCUAUAACAUUGCGCUUUUAAGACUACUCAAGAUUUCAUCAGCGGUGGUUUCUUGUCUCGCAUCGACAGUGUCAGUGCCAAUUGCAGUGUUCUUGUUCACAAUGCCAUUACCUUACCUUGGAGUUGCAUCAUCGCUUCCAAAAGGGUUCAUGGGAGGAACAAUGAUACUUGUGUUGGGCAUGCUUCUUUACAGUUGGACACCACAAGGACCUAACCCUACUCCUACUGAUACAGUCAUUCCUUCACCUCCUCCUACGUAGAGAGGGUUUUAAUCAAGGUUUUUCAUUUUAUUAAGAGAUUGGAGAGAUUUACGAAAACCUGAAGAACAUAAUAUACCGAUCUGAAUAUCCUAUUUUAAAAUUUACAUUUUUAUCAUA